UAAACGUCAACAGACGGGGGAGAGCUCGCUAGGUAGCGCGAGGGAGAGCUCGCUAGGUAGCGCUAAACGGUCGUGCUGGGCUCCGACGCGGACACCGUAAAAACGGCGGCGCUUCAAGCCGAGCCUAGCCCAGCCCCCACACGCGUUACCCCGGCCUGGCUCGAGAAGAGGGAGAGGGAAGAGUCGCGGUCGCCGGAUCUCCCGCUCCGCGGAUACUUCACCUGCGUUUGCGUUUAACAAAACCCCCGUCCCGGAUAAUCAAGCUUGAUCGUCAGACGGCAUGCUGCAGCGAGGCUUGCGUAACAACCUCGAGACGCAUUCGCCGAUAGUAACGUUAGCCGGGCACAAAGGCGUAAAGCCGUCCAGAUUGCUAAGCUAAGCUAAUAUUCGCUAUCGUUAAGGAGCUAGCUAACGUCGUAGCUUGGGAGGUCGCUUCAGCCGGGUCACUCCAGAUUUGCUCCAUGGGACAUUUUGUGGUACCGGUCGUUGUAGCGUAGACGCGGUGAUUGUUGUAGAGACCCUUUACAUUUAAUUAUGUGAACGCGAACAACAGUUCUUCCAAGUCGGAUCGCUAACUGCAUAUUUUUAUUUAGCAGCGGCGGCGGCAUCGGUUUCAUACAAGGAUGUCGGCGGUAGCUGAGCAGGCUAUAGCUACACACUCGGUGUGAAGUGAAGCGCAAGUCAGGAAACACUUGAAGCAAGUGGGAGUACUCGGCUUUGGUUUAUGAUCGUUGAUAAUUCCGGGUGGGAUCUGUCGACCCGCGAGUACAACUCCGCUGAAAUCGGAAAUUUAGCCGAUUACGGGAAUUAAGUUUGGUUCUUGGUCUUAACUGGAUUUCGGCCUCCUAUUUUGGAUCGCUGUGGGAGCAGGAGUGUCUCGAUAUUGGGGGUUUGUUUUGUUUUUUUUGUUUUGUUUUUGUUUGUUUUGGGUUUUUUGUUUGUGUUAUUGACCCGGCUCGGCGGUGAUUCCCUCUUCCUCUUCAUCACCCUCAGGAGCCGUUCCCUGUUACCACUCUCCGAUGUGGAGAUUCGAGUAGCGCCGGCAACCAAACCCCCGCGGCGGCCGGACAUGCUGAAGUGUAUCCCUUUGUGGCGCUGUAACCGCCACGUAGAGUCGGUGGACAAACGGCAUUGCAGUUUACAGACUGUCCCCGACGAGAUAUUCCGCUACAGCCGCAGCCUGGAAGAGCUGCUUCUCGAUGCCAACCAGCUUAAAGAAUUGCCCAAGCCUUUCUUCAGACUACUGAAUUUGCGGAAGCUUGGCCUGAGUGACAAUGAGAUCCAGAGACUUCCUCCUGAGGUAGCCAACUUCAUGCAGCUGGUGGAACUGGACAUAUCCAGAAAUGACAUUCCUGAGAUCCCGGAGAGCAUAAAGUUUUGCAAGGCCCUGGAGAUUGCCGACUUCAGCGGAAACCCCCUCUCUAGAUUGCCAGAUGGUUUCACUCAACUCAGAGCGCUCGCUCACCUAGCACUCAAUGAUGUGUCAUUGCAGUCGCUGCCCAAUGACAUUGGAAAUCUAGCCAACCUGGUGACAUUGGAGCUCAGGGAGAACCUGCUGAAGUCUCUGCCCUCGUCACUCUCUUUCCUGGUGAAACUGGAACAGCUGGACCUGGGCAGCAAUGAACUGGAAAAUUUGCCGGACACUCUCGGUGCUCUCCCAAACCUGAGGGAGCUGUGGCUGGACCGUAACCAGCUGGCCUCAUUACCGCCUGAGCUGGGGAACCUCCGGAGGUUGGUGUGUCUGGAUGUGUCAGAGAAUAGACUACAGGAGCUGCCAUCUGAGCUGAACGGCCUCCUGGCCCUCACUGACUUGCUGCUCACUCAGAAUCUGCUGGAGAUGGUCCCAGAUAGCAUAGGAUCGUUGAAACAGCUGUCUAUCUUGAAAGUGGACCAAAACAGGUUAACGCACCUGACUGACUCCAUAGGAGAAUGUGAGAAUCUAACAGAACUUGUCCUGACAGAGAACCUCUUGCAGUCGCUGCCUCGCUCGCUGGGCAAGCUGAAGAAGCUUACCAAUCUGAAUGUAGACCGCAACCGAUUGGGCAAUGUGCCCAACGAGCUGGGCGGCUGUGCCAGCCUUAAUGUUCUCUCGUUAAGAGAUAACCGCCUGGCCAAACUGCCUGCUGAGUUGGCCGAUGCUACCGAGCUGCACGUGCUGGAUGUGGCGGGAAAUAGAUUACAAAACCUCCCUUUUGCCUUGGCCAACCUCAACCUGAAGGCCAUGUGGCUGGCAGAGAACCAGUCUCAGCCCAUGCUCAAGUUCCAGACGGAGGAUGACGAGCAGACGGGGGAGAAAGUGCUAACAUGCUACCUGCUGCCCCAGCAGCCUUCCCCCAGCCUGGAAAACCUACUUCAGAACAGUGUGGAUGACAGCUGGACAGACAGUAACCUGAACAGAGUGUCAGUCAUACAGUUCCAAGAAGAGAUGAAGGCUGAGGAGGAGGAUGACGAGGCUGCCGCAGAGUGCAGGGGGCUUCAGCGCAGAGCCACACCACACCCCAGUGAGCUGAAGGUGAUGAAGAAGGUGAUUGAGGAGAGGAGGAAUGAGGCCUACACAUCUAGACCUGAUGGAGAUGCUGAGUCUCCUGACCCACAGGAGAAGCGGCUGAGUGACCUUUCCAAUCAGAGCCAUGACUCCCAGGCCUCCAACAGCACAGUGUCAGCCAACUCCCAUGAAGACGGGAUUGGCACAACCGCAGCUGCUCAGGGGGAGUUACUAAUGGACAGACACUCCCCCCAGGAGGAGGAGGAGUUGGAUGAGAUGGAAGUGGAGUACAUUGAGCCCACCGUGCACUUUGCGGAGGAGCCCAUCAUCCGCAUGGAGGAUGAGGAUGAUGAAGACGAUGGCGAGAGGAGCAACGAGGAGGACGAGCAGCCGAUUUUCCGAGUAGAGAAGCAGCGUCUGAUCCGGAAGGACACGCCGCACUACAAGAAGCACUUCAAGAUCACCAAGCUGCCCAAGCCUGAGGCUGUGGCCGCACUGCUGCAAGGCUUCAGCCCCGAUGGCCUUAGCCCCACGUCCCAGGUCGUCACUGACAACCAGGAGGAGGAGGAUGAGGAGGAGGAAGGGGAAGAGGAGGUUAAUCUCACCCCUCGGAGGCAUCUUAGAAUGGAGACGCCGGGGUUGGAGGACAGCCGGCAUCUCCAGGUCAACUCCAGCCAAGUCAAGGGGGUGUCAUUUGAUCAAGUCAAUAAUCUGCUGAUUGAACCUGCUCGAAUUGAGGAGGAAGAGUACACACUGACCAUCUUACGGCAGACAGGCGGCCUGGGUAUCAGCAUUGCUGGAGGGAAGGGCUCAACACCUUACAAGGGGGACGAUGAGGGAAUCUUCAUCUCCAGGGUGUCUGAAGAGGGCCCUGCAGCCAGAGCAGGGGUCAAAGUGGGAGACAAACUACUAGAGGUGAACGGUGUGGACCUCCACGGCGCCGAGCAUCACACAGCAGUAGAGGCUCUCCGCAGCUCUGGGGCCACUGUUUCUAUGACGGUGCUACGUGAACGCAUGGUGGAACCAGAGAAUGCCAUCACCACCACACCUCUGAGGCCCGAGGAUGACUACUUCCCCCGGGAGAGACGCAGCAGCGGCCUGCCCUUCUGCGUAGAGGCCAGUCCCAGUGGGCCCAGGCAACGGCUCUCCACCUGUCUGGUCCGCAAUGACAAAGGACUGGGCUUCAGCAUAGCUGGAGGCAAAGGCUCCACACCAUACCGCACAGGGGACACGGGAAUCUACAUUUCUCGUAUCGCCGAGGGUGGGGCAGCCCACCGAGACAGCACACUGCGUGUAGGAGACAGGGUGAUCUCUAUCAAUGGUGUAGACAUGACAGAGGCCAGGCAUGAUCAGGCAGUAGCGCUGCUUACCGGCACCUCCCCCACCAUCGCCCUCCUGGUGGAGCGAGACCAGGCUGCUCCAGGGGGCUCUCCGGCCCUUUCCCGGGGUCGGGCCCACUCCCCACCACCACCAGAGCCUUCUGAUUCACCAGACCAGGAGGACCCCACGGAUGAGCGUCUGUCCCCACAUGGGAACCACCUGAGCCAGCUGGAAGACGAGUAUCCCAUUGAGGAAGUGACCUUGAUGAAGUCUGGUGGCCCGCUAGGUCUGAGCAUUGUGGGUGGCAGUGACCAUGCCAGUCAUCCAUUUGGCAUCAACGAACCUGGCGUGUUCAUCUCAAAGGUAAUUCCUAAUGGCCUAGCAUGUAAGAGUGGGUUGCGUGUGGGUGACCGUAUAUUAGAGGUGAACUCUAUCGAUCUGCGCCAUGCCACGCACCAGGAGGCCGUGCGCGCUCUGCUGGCCAACAAGCAGGAGAUUCGCAUGUUGGUGCGCAGGGACCCUUCACCACCUGGCAUGCAGGAGAUUGUCAUUCAGAAACAGCCUGGUGAGAAGCUAGGCAUCAGCAUCCGUGGCGGGGCCAAGGGCCACGCUGGCAACCCCUUCGACCCCACAGAUGAGGGCAUCUUCAUCUCCAAGGUCAGUUCCAAUGGUGCGGCUGCAAGGGACAGCCGUCUGCAGGUCGGCAUGCGCAUCCUGGAGGUCAGCAACCACAGCCUGUUGGGUAUGACGCACACAGAGGCGGUGCGUGUGCUCCGUGCCGUUGGAGACACCCUGGUCAUGCUGGUGUGUGACGGAUUUGACCCGUGCAACGUGGCUGCUGUUGAGGCAUCCCCUGGUAUCAUUGCCAACCCAUUUGCAUCAGGCAUUGUUCGCAAGAACAGUAUGGAGAGCAUCUCUUCCAUAGACCGGGAUUUGAGCCCAGAGGAGAUGGACAUUAUACAGAAGGAGUCUGAGAUGGUGAGAGAGACGUCACAGUGGGAGAGAGAAGAGAUGGAGAAAGUUGAGCGUAUGCGCUUGGAGCGUGAGGAGGCAACUCGCCUGCUAGAGGAGGAGACCGAGAGCAUUGGCACCGAGCCUCUAAAACUGGACUACAAGACACUGGCUGCACUGCCCACCACAAGCCUACAGAAGGUCAACAGGGCGUCGUCAUCUGAUCUCCCGAGGACAAACAGCCCAAUCAGAGAUGCCCCGUACUCCCCCACCAUGCAACCAGCGAGCAUUCAUUACACAUCCACCGCCACUGCCAAGGACACCAAUCCAUCAUCAACGAGGCCGGGUGCCAUCCAGCCAGUUGGGCGCGUGCGACCAAGCACCUCCCCCGCCACUCCGGACAGCCACAGUCCCAACCCUUUCCAGCAUGGCCCCUCCCCCAUCAACUCCCAGACCUCUCCUCGCGCCCCCUCCCUUACCUCGCCCGAUGAGUUCCCCUUGAAUAUCAAGCAGGCAUACAAGGCGUUUGCCGCUGUGCCUCACUCGUUGGCAGUGCUGGAGCCGCCACAGGACCUGUAUGAUGUGAGAAACAAUGUCCAUCCAAAGCAGUGUUCUCCAGAGCUUGAGCUGAACAACGAGGUGUUUGAUGAUGGGGUGGAAGUGCAGGAGGGAGUAUCUUCCCAGCUCUCCGUCUCCUCUGACCGUCGGGAGUAUUUGAGCCUGGCAGCAGUGCCUCGCCUCUCCAGGCCUUCCCUGGACCUGCAGACACCCUCCCCUGGAGGCAAGGACAGCCCAGAGCAGCGCUCUUUCAGGGACAGACAGAAGUACUUUGAGAUUGAUGUGAAGCAGCAGACACCAGACAAGCCCAAGCCCCGUGUUUCCCUUGUCGGAGAGGACGACCUCAAGAAAAUGAGAGAGGAGGAAGCGAGGAGGUUUGAGCAGAGGUUUGAGCAGCGGGCUAGGGAGUACCUGAUGGAUGAGGAGGAUGAAGAGGAAGAGGAGGAUCUGGCCAAGCAAAUGGCAGAGAUGAAGGCCACGGGCAAGGUGCUGCUGGAUGGAGUGGAGUACAAGGUGGAGCCUGUGUCCACUCCCUCUAGACAAUGCUCCACACCACCAAGCUACAAUGUUACACCACCCAGCUACUGUGGCAGCUCUGGGCCCUCCUCCGUAGAUGGCAAAGGGGACUCACAGAGGAACUCUCUAGAAGAAAGCUUCAGGCUGGAGCAGCGGCCAAACUCAAUGACUGGUCUAAUCUCAGUGUACCCCGGGGAGUCGGCAGCUCCCAUCCGAACAGCCAAAGCUGAGCGGCGGCACCAAGAGAGGCUGCGCAUGCAGAGCCCAGAGCUGGCCGUUGCCUCCGACAAGGACCUGUCCCCUGCUGAAAAAAGAGCUCUGGAGGCUGAGAAGAGGGCCAUGUGGCGAGCUGCACGACCUUACGGUCUAGAGGAGGAUGUUAGGCAAUAUGAGCAGGACCUGGCUAAGAGGCUGUACCAGGCCCGUGUGAGGGCAUCUCAGGGCUCGGCCGGGGCCCCCCAGCCCCCCACUACUUCCUCCUCCCAGCUCAGAAUGAAGUCUCUGGAACAGGAUGCACUGAAAGCUCAGAUGGUCAUUGCCAAGUCUCGGGAAGGGAAGAAGCGAGGCACCCUGGACCAGCUGUCAGAGUCACCGUCACCAGCCCCUACGCCCUCUCCCACCCCGCUGGAAGAGCUCAGCCCAAGAGGAGUGACCUCACCUGGCAGGCUGUCCCUGUCGUCAAAGAAGUUUGACUACCGACAGUUUGCUGCCAUUCCUUCUUCCAAACCCGUAUACGACAUCCAGUCCCCAGGCAUGGCCGACGACAUGCAGUUCAUCGACGAUGGUGCCAGCAACCCAGUGCCCACUGCAAACCCUGAGAUGGAGGUGCCUGCCCCGCCGCCCGCCACAUCAGCCCUGGAAGAGAUGGCCCUCUACAGCAACAAGCGCAAACUGAGACAGGGUCGUCGCAGCUUGGAAACCGCCGUGCCCACAUAACAUCUCACCCGCUGCGAGGAGAAUGGAGUCGUCGCACACAAAACUCACACGCUGCACACUAGAUUGAGAGAGUUGCUCUCCCUCAUGUAACCACUGCAGAGGCUACAAAGCUGAUAGUCAACACAGAGACACACACAUACACUUAGUUAUAUCCUGUGUGCCAGUCUUGCCUUUACAGUCUGUGUAUGAGUUGGCAUGGAGAUGUUAUCCAGAAGUUCUAUUAGGGCAAAAACAAAAGAGCCAGUGUGAAUCGCUAGCGUUACUACUUAAAGGCCAUUCUCAUUUUUUUUAUUAUAUGCUCAGUUUGGCUAUAAGAAGCUUAAUCAUAUUAACAGGAAAGUGAUGUCUAUUUUUGAGCCUCUGCUGGUUUUACUGUUAAAAAAAAUGUAUUGGAAGAGAAAGAUGGGCUGUAGCUGUAAUACUAACUUUUUUGAAUGCUAUUUUUGAGGGUUUCAGUGAAUAGAUGGUAAAAUGUCAGGGUUUUCAGACAACUUUGGGAGGUAAGGAGUGUAUAUAUUGAAUGAGGAGGGAACAUCCUGCUACCUUCACAAUCCGAAAUGUGCAGACCUUGUAAGAAAACACUACAUAUCAUUAUUGCACUGCCACUGAUCGGCUUUUUUUUUUAGAAAGUCUAUAAAGUAAUUUAUUGUUUUUUUUUUUUUAUCAUUUUACUCAAAUUGAAGACCCUUACCUAUUUUUACACUGCUGUAAAACCCCUUUACCUUUUGGGACAAAGGAUGAAUGAUGCACAUCAUUAUUUUUUACCAUGAUGAACUGUUGAUUAAAAAAAAAAAUCAGAUCUUCAAACUGAAUUGUUGCAUAUCACAUCCAUUCUACUUUGUCUGCUCUGAUAAAAUCCUGUUAAUGCAUAGUUGAGGUGUCUUUGAGGCAAGCCCUUUUACAUACUAGACCAGCUGUUGCACGUCAGCUUAAUGUGCAGGUCUACAUCCUGGGCAGAGGGGAGGACCUUCAUCUUGUCUGGUCUCAUAUCAUUCAGUUACAUUUGCACCGGGCACACACAGUUGUGCAGAUAAUCUGAUUGUAAUUUAGCAGAAGGGCCGAGGAUUAUGGGAACAUGCAUUUUUAGCAUCAUUUAUUCACGGUACUUACCCUCCCCUACUUUUCACCUUUUUUUAAAAUCAAUGUGAAUCUCGCUCAUUUCUGUCUUUCAUAUCUGGAGCUGUUCUACAGCGGCAUGUGAAGGUAGCAGGUGUUUUGCUGUUUUUAUUUUUUGAAUCUGUCUUCGAUUAAUUUAAAUCUGAUGCCACUGAGAAAUCCUUUAUUAUUGUGUGAAUAAUGUACAAAUACCGAAAGGAAAGCAAACUUUGGGUCUGAACCUGAGCCAGUCUUGGCCUAGACCAAGCAAGUGUCUGGACUGCUAGCGUGUCUGGCUUUGGACGGGCUUGGUACCGGGAGCUCUCUGCACGUGUAUUGAUUUAUUAAUGGGAGAGCCUCGAGGGGCAGAAGCUUUUUGUAAAUCUCUCUCAGACAUCUUUCUCUGCUCAUUCUCAGAGACUUUUCUCUUCUGCUCAACUCCCUGUCGGUUUAUCUGGCAGGUAUUUCACAAAAUCACAACAGAGUAGCAUACGUUUUAAUUUAAUGUAGUUUCUACUAAUCCUAGCUUUCCAUGUUGUUCUCGCUGACUGAAAUUCAGUUUGGUUGAAACACUUGCAAAAUCACUGAUUUUUUUUUACUUGCAGUAGAUAAUUUUUUUCCAAAUAAGUGGGAUUCACUACAUUUUUAAUGCAGUGUUUCAGCUUCUUUUGUAUUAUUUUGUCUUGAGUUCCUUUGGGGGUUAUUUCCAAAUAGGUCGGAGGGGAAAGGGUCAGAUGUCCUAGGGUCAAGGGUUAGAGCUCAUACAAGACUGUAACUAGUGAAUUUGUACAACCAAAGAAGUCUAUUUUGUGGUUCAGGAAUAAUAAAUUUUACUUUUCAUUUAACAAA